CCGGAAGCUGUCGCCGGCGGCCGCCGGCCGGCAGCCGUAACAGAAGCCGGGCUGGUGAUCGCAGUUGCCCGGGGGGCCGUAGCCCGGCGGAGGGUUCCUCCGAGGGCAGCAGUGAAGACACCGUUGAGUACCCCGCACAUCGGGGCUCGGUCUGGGCGCGCCCCCCAUCGGUGUAUGACCUGGUCCUCGGCGUCUGUAAGUGUUGGGUGAGGGGCUCCGUAGGCCCUGCCCCUCCCUCCCCAGGCAGCGCGGAGGCUCUCCGACCUCGGGAUUAUGAAGGCAGCCGAGUCUUCUUCAAGGGCGGCGUCUUUGCUGGAAGGGGCUGGAGCUGGGGGCAGAAACAGAGCCGCCUCUGUCGCUUUGCAGUGCGUGUAAGACGCCGAGGGCCCAGAGACCCGCCGCCGCCCGGGGCCCUGAAUAGCACCCUAGAUAUCCUCGUCUCCGUACACAGUUAACGUCCCAUUCCCUAAUUCAAGUGAAGUAGAAAGAGGGCGAUCGUCUGGGUAGCCAUCUGCCCCUUUCAGCCAUGAAGGCAGAGACAGUGUCCUCGUUACGAGAGGCUCCAGCUGGGUUCAGCUGGAACCUCAAUGACCUGCUGAGUAGCCCGAAGCUGAUGGCUGUGGGGAUCGUGCUCGGCUGGCUCCUGGUCAUCCACUUUCUGGUCAAUGUGUGGCUCCUGUGCCUUCUGUCUGCUUUGCUAGCGGUGCUGGGAGGAUGGCUGGGCUCAAACGCCAUUGUGGGGGCUUCGGGUCGACUGCACCUGGAACGCUUCAUCCCAGUGGCCACCUGCCCUCCAAACCCUGAGGCAGAGAGGCAACUGGAACAGGAGAUCGACCGCACCAUCCAAAUGAUUAUUCGGGACUUUGUGUCAUCCUGGUAUCGCUCAGUGAGCCAGGAGCCAGCCUUUGAGGAAGAAAUGGAGGCAGCUAUGAGAGGGUUGGUCCAGGAGCUCCGGAGGAGGAUGGGCAUGGUGGACAGUCAUGCUCUUGCCCAGAAGGUUCUGACUCUCUGCGGUUGUCACCUGCAGAGCUAUAUUCAGGCGAAGGAAGCCCUGGCUGGGAAGCAGAGUGGUACAGUUGAGCCCUCCCAGCUCUGGGAGGCUUAUUGCCUAGCUACUGCCCCACACCCUGCUGUACAGAGCUCCAGCACUGAGGUCAGCUAUACACGUGGCAUUGUAAAUUUGUUGCUUCAAGGACUAGUGCCAAAGCCCCACUUGGAGACCCGGACUGGGCGCCAUGUAGUGGUGGAACUCAUUACUUGCAAUGUAAUCUUACCACUGAUCAGCAAGCUGUCAGAUCCUGACUGGAUCCACCUUGUACUUGUGGGCAUCUUUUCCAAGGCCAGAAGUAAUCCAACAGCAGUGGUUAAACCAACCUCCCCAGCCAGUGCCCUGGAAAAGCCCUCAGUGCCCACAUCUCUGCCACUGAUUGUUGAGGUACAGAGCCCGCCAGAAGUAAGAGCCCCUUCUCCAGCAGCAGCGCCGGUGCUGCUGAGCUGUAAUGAGCCUGACGGGCCUUCCCACCACUCCCCAGAAGUUGAAGAAGGCCAUGAAGCCACAGAGGGAGAAUUGGGUGGAGUCCCAGAAGAAAGGAAAGUAGGAAACAACUCAUCUCAUUUCCUACAGCCAGAUAUUCGAGGCCCUUUGUUCUUAUGUGAAGACACAGAGCUGGAGUCUCCAUUGUCUGAACUGAGCAAGGAAACCAUCAUGCUCAUGACCCCCGGCAACUUCCUCUCUGACAGGAUCCAGGAUGCUCUGUGUGCCCUGGAGGGUCCCCAGUCUCUGGAGUCUAAGGAUGUUGAGGGAGGAAUUGAAGGAGCAGAGGCCGAGGAGGGUCCAGGAACAGAAACAGAGACAGGGUUGCUGGUCUCCAUGCUGACUUCCUGCCCAGAGAUCCACAUUGACCCAGCAGACAAGGAAGUAGAGCAAGGAGAUGGCACCUCUCUUACAGCUUUGCUGACAGAUCCAGAAAGGACCUGCCCCCCACGAUCCUCAUGCUUAGAGAAGGAUCUCACCAAUGGUGUGAGCUCUGUAGAUCCUAGUCUGCCGCAGGUUCUCCUUUCCUCCUCUCCAACCGGUCCUCUCAGCUCAGCCACCUUCAGCUUUGAGCCCCUGACCAGUCCAGAUGGCCCAGUUGUCAUCCAGAACCUUCGUAUCACUGGUACCAUUACUGCUCGGGAGCACAGUGGCACUGGAUUCCACCCAUAUACACUCUACACGGUGAAGUAUGAGACGGCCCUGGAUGGUGAGAACAGCAGUGGCCUGCAGCAGGUGGCCUACCACACUGUGAAUCGCCGCUACCGCGAGUUCCUCAAUCUGCAGACUCGUCUGGAGGAGAAAUCAGAUCUCCGAAAGUUCAUCAAAAAUGUGAAGGGUCCUAAAAAGCUCUUUCCAGAUCUUCCAUUUGGAAACAUGGAUAGUGACAGAGUAGAAGCCCGAAAGAGCCUCCUGGAAUCCUUUCUAAAGCAACUUUGUGCCAUUCCGGAGAUCGCUAACAGUGAGGAGAUGCAGGAGUUCCUUGCUCUGAACACAGAUGCUCGUAUUGCCUUUGUCAAGAAACCAUUCAUGGUGUCCAGAAUAGACAAGAUGGUGGUAAGUGCUAUCGUGGACACCUUGAAGACAGCAUUUCCUCGCUCCGAACCCCAAAGCCCCACAGAAGAGCUGAGUGAGGCCGAGACAGAAAGCAAGCCCCAGACAGAAGGCAAGAAGCCUAGCAAGUCCAGGUUGAGGUUCUCCUCCAGUAAGAUUGCUCCAGCAUUGAAUAUAACUGAGGCACCUGAGAAGAUUCUCUAUUGUCUCCAGGAAGGCAGUGUGGAGUCAGAGAUCCUAUCCAUGUCUGGGAUGGAAUCCUUUAUUGAAAAACAGACAAAAUUAUUAGAAAUGCAGCCAGCAGAAGCCCCAGAAAAAGAUCCUGAACAAAUCCCCAAAGGUUGUAUGGAUGGUUACUUGUCAGAAGCAGCUGUGCCAGCCCACGACAUCAGCAACAGUGACCCAGGAGCAGAGAUGGAGCUAGCUGACACAGCCCUAGAUCUGCUUCUCUUGCUGCUGAUGGAACAGUGGAGAUGGCUAUGUACAGAAAACAUGCAGAAAGUUCUUCAUCUUGUGUUUGGAACCCUAGUUCAGAGGUGGCUAGAGGUGCAGGUGGCUAACCUAACAUGUCCACAGCGCUGGGUGCAGUACCUCCGACUCCUUCAGGAGUCCAUCUGGCCUGGUGGGGUUUUACCAAAGUGUCCACGACCUGCGAGGACCCAGGAGCAGAAAGUGGCUGCUGAAAGACAGGCCUUGCAGAGCCUGAUGGGAAUCCUGCCAGAUAUUGUGGUGGAAAUCCUUGGGGUGAACAGAUGCCGGCUGAGCUGGAGUCUCGUCUUGGAGUCACUGCAGCAACCGCUCAUCAACAGGCACUUGAUUUACUGCCUUUGGGACAUCAUCCUGGAAUUCUUGGAUCUCAGUGCCUCUGUUGAGGAGUCGACCGUAACCACCUCUGCCUCAGAUACCCCAGGCAACCUCAAGAGAAUGGGUGUCUCCCCUCAGCCAUAGGUUAUUCACCCAAUCUUUGAAGGCUGGGAAAGGAGAAUUGCUCUGCCACCCCGUAGCCAGUCAGGAACCUGUGCCCUCUGCAACUGGACUGUAGCUCCGAAGGCCUGGGGUCCCAGGGGCACGGUUCUCCCCCAGCCCUACGCCACAGAGCAGGUGACGUUGCAGAUGAUGGGGGAGAUAUGUACCAAUCGUAUGCAUAUCCAUUUCCAUACUUUUUUUGUGGUGUUUGGAUUGUGGCUGGUCGGUAGAUCCCGGAAAGGGAAUCUGUGAGGUAGAACAAUGAGCCCCUUUUGCCUCUCCUCCGCCCUCCUCCCUACGAUGGUUUGCCAGGAGCCUGGCACUGUGCAUGCACACUCCUGAUCCACCGACACGCAAGCUGUGGCUAGACCAAAAGAAAACUGUGGCCGGAUUUCUUGGAGGGGCAGACAAUUUUCUAGAGCUCUCUGUUCCCACCAGGAAACUGCAGAUUGAUUCAGGACCACUCUUGAAAGCCAGACCCCCCAAGUUCUAUCUAGUUUCCCAACAAUUCCGGAAGAGGGAGGGAAAACAUUUCUCAAGGGACUUUUUGCUGACUGACUAUUUUCCAACAUCUCAGCCCUAUGGAAGAUGUCCCUGAAGGCUGCUUUCCUGGGUGGCUACACUUUUUCUGUUCAGAAGACUUCAAAGAGGGCUGCCAAAGCUUCUUGAUAGAUGCAUCCACUCUCCACACCCUUUCCUGAAAGAGAGUUGCGGCACAGAUUUUAUUUAUUAGCUUUCCUCCUAACCCCUCUCCAAGAGCAGUUGAGUUUUGGUCUUUGUGACCUCCUGUCUGUCUGCCUUUAGUGGAAUCGCAUGGCAGAUGGCUUAUUCAGCCCACUGCUCCCAGCGGGAAGGGAGACGCUUGCUCCGUGGCUGGGAAUGCCCAAAGAGUAGGAAACCCAGGGGGCUGUGGGGCUUCUCUCUUCCCAAGUCUCCAGCCGGGGACUUUUAAACUGAACCUAUAAUAUUAGCAAACCUGCAGGGAAUUGAUUACCCACAAAAAAACUUUUUACUUCCUGUUCUUUUUAAGGAUCUAAUUAGUCUUUGAGAACACUUGAAGAUGAAGGCAAAGGUGCUGUAUCAGGUUGUAGUGUCUUAGAAGGGUGGAGCCAUUGGGAGAAAUUGUUGGUAGGAAAGGAGGCAGACAAUGUGACAUUAAAUGCAUGUGAGUAGCUGACAGAAAAGGCUUACGGAGGUCACGGGAGACCUCUGCCCCCCCCAUCCCAUUAGCUUUGCACUUGCCUAUUAGUACCCUGCUGUCACUGAAUUAUGGACCCUCCCAUUUGGAGGGGGAUCUUGGGGUUAGACUGAUGGGAAUGGGAUGGGUCUAGAGCGGGCACCAGGUUCUCUCAGACUCUAAAGUAGAUGAUGUGCACACAAUUAAAGUGGUUUAUGGGAGAAAGUUGUGCAGUCUUACACUUUGUUUUACCCCUCUGGAGACUUUUACCCAUAAAAUGUGUUCUGCUACGAUUGGAAGGCUUUAGGUAGGCUAUUAUUGCCUAAGGACAAGAAGAUGAAUGAGAUCAUGUCUCAUGGCACCUUCUAGCCUUAAAAUAUGAUUGUUACAGUGACUUUAUGGCUCCGGAGCUGCUCCUACCCCGACAUUCACAGGCAGAAGGAGCUGAGCAUUUCUAGCUUUAGUGAGGAUUUGCAGGAGUGUGGGUCUGCGGGGAGUCCAGCCUUACUUGCUGAUGCCGAUCCUUCACCCUUUGCAGCUCGGGCCAGGAUGCUCUUUGGCAUAGAUGCAGUAGCCAGCUCAUUCCCACUACCCUUCGCUCCUCAUACUUUACCCUCAGAUGUACUUAACCACCCACCUUGCUUUGCAUCUCUGCUAUUAGCUCUGUCUCAGAUGACACACAGAGCCAGUAUGUAAGCUGACGGCACCAUAAAAUCCCUGUGGCUGUAAACUCGAAGCAAUUUUUUGACACUUGCAACCCAAAGAAAACUUCCUUAUAUUUCGUGUUACAUAAGAGCUGCCACCUGUGUUGUCUGUGCCCCAGAACAUAAGCUGUCCUCAGGCCCUCCUGCCUAGAAGGGAAACCAUGCAUAUUGCCGAGGAAAUAAUCAAAACCCACCUGUCAAGUCUGGGAAGCAGGCACAGACAACAAGGGAGAUCAGCACUGGGGAGAGAGCCACAGGUAACCAGAAAAGAUGCUCCCAGUUGAGAGAGUGAUAAAAGGCAAUGAAGAAUUGGGCCUGCACUAACCCAGACGUUCGUGAUUUUUCUUUGGCCCUUUACCCAGCACAUUCAUUUCCAGUUGCUACUCUUUUCUUUGCUCAUAGCACCCAACAACAGUUGUUAGGUCCUGCGUGGAGUAAAAAUAUAUGUAUAUGGCUAUAUGAGUCAGGAUGCUUUGGACUGAAGGAAAACUCGGAGGAAAUUUUAUCUUCUUCCAUAAAAUGAGUAUCUGAGUAGGUAAGCCCCAGGGGCUGACGGAGUCAGUAACUCUGACCUCAUAAAGGCCCCCGAUUCUUCCCAUCUCUGCCCUCUGCCGCUGUAAACGUGCUUGUCCUGUUCUCAGACCGCCUGCCUUCAGGGGCCGCGGUUGGAGCCUCACAUUCAUACACAACAGUGUGAAAGAACAGUCCUCUCUUCCAUGUUUCUUUGAAGAAUAAGGACACCUUUUUCCAGAAGCCCUUCAGGAAUGCUCUUCUCAUUGGCCAGAACUGUCCACCCCUGAGUCAAUCCACAGCCAUUGAAAAUGGCAUUACCUAGUUGGCUUGCAGUAGUAUUUACGCCCCCCCCCCCCAGAGAGGAGGUCACUCUCCAGGAAAGUUAGAUACCUAAAAAUAUCAUUAGAUGUUAGCAGGGAAGAAACAGAAUGGGUAUUAGUAGACAGUGUCUAUUAUAUCAUCCCUACAAUGUCAGCAGAUCCCCCAUGGUACUCCAGAAAUAUCUGGAACCAGCUAAGAACGUUUGCUGAAGGCGCCGCAUGAAGCACUUCACGUGGAGUGACUCAUUUAACCCCCACGCAACCCUGUGAGGUAGGUUCUGUCAUCUAUCCCCAUUUCAUAGAUGAGGACCACAAGGCACAGAGAGAUGGUGGGUUGCCCACGGUCACUUGCAAAGAAAUGGCAGAGCCUAGAUACAGAUCUUGCUGGUCUACCCUCAAGCCUACAUGUGUAAUAACCAUUAUACUAGUCUGUGUUUCUUCUUACAAAGCCAAAUAAGACCAGGUUCUCUUUUUUUAAGGAGCUCAUGAUCUAGUGCAGAAGUUCACAGACUUUUAUGGAAAAGGGGCAGAGAAUAAGUCUUGCAGGUUUUGUGGCCAUAUGGUGGUCUCUGUUGCAAUUACUCAGCUCUUCCUUGUAGCAUGAACACAGUCAUAGACAAUACAGAUAGCAAUGACCAUGGCUGUGUUCCAUUGAAACUGUAUUUACAGAAACAGGCAGCUGACCAGAUUUGGCCCAUGAGUUGUUUGCAGGCCUCUUGUCUAACAAGUUAGAACAGUGCUUCUCAAACUUUAGCAUACGUGUGAUUUAUCUGGGACCUUGGUGAAGAGUAUGCUGCAUUUCCAACAAGCUCCCAGACUUACGCCAAUGAGCAUGCAGACCUUCAGCCACACGUUGAGUAUCAAGGGGUUAAAACAUGGACCACUCUCGAGUGUGAUUAAUACACGACUAAAUAUAUGGGAAGGGCACUUCAUUGAGAGUAGAGGGCCAUGGGAAGCCUAAGGUGGUAAUAUCUGAAUUGACUCCUGAAAGAUUCAUGAGACUUAACCAGUAAAAACACGGGGAGGGUGUCCAGAGGAACAGUGAACAAUGUGUGCGAAGACAGUCGCCACAGAAAGACAAACACUGUGUGAUUCCACAUAUGUGAAGUACCUGGCGUGGUCAGCCCCACCAAAGGAGCAGAAAUGUGGUUGUUGGGAAUUAGGAAAAUGGGGAGCGUGUCAUCGGAGCCAAGUUUGAAUUUUGCCACACGAAAAAGUUCUGGAGAUCUGUUUUAUCAACCGUGUAAGUAGACGUGAUAUUACAGAGCUGUACACUGAAAAUGGUUAAGAUGGUAAAUUGUAGGUUCGGUUUAUUUUACUACAGUCGAGAAAUGUAAAAUGAGAAAAAGCUAUGGAGAGCUACAAGGCGCAGGCUGCAGGGACGAAGUGGUGAGAGGCGAGGCGAGGGCCGGGAGAGAGGCCUGUGUGGGGCGGCGUGCUAAGGAAGCUGGCACUGUUCUCCGUCUCCACGCUGGGGAAUUGUUGAGGAAUCUUCCUGAGGAGUAUUUUUCAUCAAAUUUAACAAUUCCUGCUUCUGGGAAACAUGGGAGUUUGACGGCACGUGUAAACGGCCUUUGGCUUUGACGCCCGGCUCAGUCACUUUCUGAUCCCCCCUCAAUUUCUUCAAGUCUGUUCCCAUUAUUUCUUAGAUGUGAGGUGGCUUCAGGGUCUCUAGAGUAUAAUGAGCUGGAAGCAGUAAUAGCCUGAUCGAAACCCUGGCCCUGCCACUCAAUCAGCUGCGAGGACGUGGUCAGGGAACUUAGCUUCAUUGGGACCUAGAUUUCUCAGAAAAAGGGACAAAUACAUUACAACCGUUUUGAGAAGUGAAUUGUGAGAAUAACCUUUAUAAAAUAACAAAGUACUAUGCUAUGAAACUGCCAGUGGCAUCAUUCUGCUCUUCUGCUGUCCGAGGGGCAGUGGGAGACGCCUUGCUUCUCGAACCACGCAGCUGAGCUGUCCUCUGGCGAGCCCCGGUUCCCCAGCCCUCUCAGAACCUGCUGUUUGUCUUGGUCUUCCUUUGCACUGGAGCAAUAUGUGUUCUCCCAAGAGGAGGAAAGGAACGUUAGCCAGCCCCGCUGGAUACAGAUGGGAAUGGGAACCAACCAGGGGAGGAAAGGAAACCAUGAUGCUUUUGUAGUCGAAGGCCCAACUGGGCAAGCUCUUCCAUAACUUGGCAUCUCCAUUUCCUUUCCGCUGAGAGUGCCAGAAAUCACAGGGCAGUCGGUAGUUGCUUGCGCUGCCUUUGUGCACAAGAGAAUGAAACCGCUGCGGGGCGAAUUUCUGCUCCCAAGCCUCCAUCACUCCUCGGUGGUGUCAGGCACGAGAGAGGGUGCUGCGCACAGACCAUUUCUCAGAAAAGAGCCAGGGAGGGGAGACUCUACCAAGUGUUACUUCCUUCUAAGACUCGCCCAGUAUUUAUUACACAAAGACAUCACUGGCUCAUUUUAAAAAGAAAGACAAAACCCCAGAAGAAUGUGUCAAGCAAGUGAAAAUCAUCAGAGCCCGUUUCCUGCUGUGACCCAAUAGCAACAGGGUUUGAAGCCGGGGCAGCCCUGAAGGGGUGCAGAAAAUGUGGGCGCCCGUAGCCUCCUUGGCAGAAACGCUGCGCUAUUCUCAGACUUGCUGAGCCCUCUUGCCGCCUCCCUACACCUCUCACCUGUCUCUGGUCUGAAAGUACGUUUGAACUCGGCUUUCUUGGAAGUACAGACAAGCAUGUGACAGAAUCCCGAGAACUCCUGUCUCUGAUGUCUCUUCAACAGGACAAAAGCUGGUUUCUCUCCACAUCUUGACUCUUGAAACCUCACCUGCAAGUGCUUCUGUAGAAGUCCCUAGCACGCUGUUUCUGAGAUGUGGAAGUUUGGGAGGGAAAAAAAAUGAAAGAGAAAAAAUAAUAGUGUCAAGAUCCAAACUUAGAAAACAUUUCUUGAAGUGACAUCUACUCCUUUCAACUCAAAGUAGACUUCUUUGUCACCAGAGUUUGCUUAAGAAAUGCAAGCUAAUUUUAAUAUUAGGGUGUUGUAAUGAUUAAAAGGUAAGUCUGUGUCCUAUAUCUAAAUCCAUACUUCGACUUUUUUUUUUUUUCCUUCACCCUUUUCCCUGUCACUGUUGCAGCCUGUUACGAGCAAUGGAGAGCUGGCUAUAAUUACUUCCAGACACUUGGUUAAUCAAUGAGGGAAAAGGCCUAGCUAGAUAAACCCUAAAGUCUGUGAUUGCAGAGAAAGGCCCUAGUAUGUCUGCAGAAACUGUGACUUCGCUGUUCCGGGUCGAAUUGGAUUUAGUGACCUUCAGGCUCAGGUCAUCGGCCCUUUUGCCUGUGCUCCUUAGAGAAUCAUCCCGCCCCAGUAGCAAUGGAAAGAUUAACAAAGAUUUAGCAAAAUAGCUACAUUUUGUAUCUUGCCUUUAGGGGGCGAUUGACCUUCUUAAGAAAAAAAACUUAAAAAGCCCUUUUGGAGUUUAUGUUCUUUACCUGUACUAACAUGGAAUCCAAAUUCAAAGUAAUGGCAAGCCAGUUCCUUUCCAGUUUUGUGUACUUGGGUCAAAUGUUUGCCUGUAAACACAAAUGAUUCCAGAAUACUGAGGGCACCUUUCAUGAAGCCUUCAUAAGUCUCUGGGAGAGUCCCGCAGGCUUGGUGGGCAGCAGAGCUUCUGCUGGGAGGCAGAACGUGUUAUGGAGAUGGUUUGGCAGGAGGUUGGAUGAGAUGGUUUCCCCGAAAUCCAGGGGCCUGCAUCCUGCUCUUUCCUACUUCUGUCCUUUGACCCAUGUUCCUCCAGCUGUGCACACGUGGGCACCCUCUGUCAGGGCCAUUUCAAGUUUCACCAUCUCCAUGGAGCUUUAUCUGAUCAUGCCAGCCAAAGUUCUCUCUCCUUCCUCUGUGUGACUUUACACUGUCUGUCCAUGUGGUCCAAAUCCCCCAUGUACAUUUUAUGGGGUCCUCAGUAAAAGAUUCUAAUUCUUCAAGGGCAAGGAGCAUACAACCUGUGUCAUUCCCGUUAUAUCCCUAUGCCUCAGCCUUCCCACAGCCACACCUAAUGCCUAGUAGGUACAAAAUAAAUGCUGAAGCUCAUUUAGUUAAAGGAGAUUAUGCUUAUUAACUUUUAGAAGGUAAAAUAUGUUAAUAAAUUCAGUGACUUUACUGGGGGCAGAAGAUGUGAGAGAGGGACAAGGGGAAAGCACAUUUUCGUUUUUCUGACCUUAUAUCUUUGUUCCACAGCAAAUAUCAAAUGAAAGAAGUUGGUUUUUAUAUUCCCUGUGCCAAAAUCCACAUCGUUUAUAACAGUACUAUUUACAGUCUAAGUAUGUGGGCCAUAAGGUGCUAAAACUGUAAGCUUUUUAGAGAAAAUUCGCCCUGAUUUGAAGAUAUUUUCUUAAAAUCCCCCAGUCACAAAAAUACACAACAUACCCUGUCUCCUCUCUAGUCCUCACCUUCACCUACUGGAUCAGAAAACAAAACAAACAAAAUAUGCCAGAAAUAUUCUCAACUCUUUCUUGCCCCAGACACGAAUUUGUAAGAAAACAAUUAUCAUGAAGAGAAAGACUUGCUCUCCGACUUCUUUAAAAUUCUCUUGGAAAUCCUUUGGUCCCAGAUUUAAAAUUCUUUAUUUCAGACCUUCUCUAACAGCUUAUCUAAGCCAUGUCUAAGAUCCCACAAGGAAAACUCUUCAAAGACAAAGUAAUAACCUUGAAGAAACGAAAGGAUAGCAGAAAUUCCCCCUCGCUCUUACAGGUGUUUGCUAUCCUCCCCACAUUUCCUACUGCAACUCUUUGCCCAAACACAACAGAUCAAAACUAGGCAGCCGCCAUAAGAAUAAAAACGAAUGAAUCGGAAGACAUCUGGAUUCGCUACAGGUCAACGUGUUGGCCCCGGGGGGAUAAAAUCACUUGCUGUUUUUGAGCCCCAGAAUGAGCUUCCAGGCCGUGAUUCGAAAGAGGGCAAGAGCAGGUAAAGGAGCACUGGAGGAAGAAGUUCAGUCUGAGAAUUAAACCAAUGAUUUCAUGAAAAGAAGGAAACUCUAGACAAUAUAGUGCUUGGGUCAUAUAUUAUCUUAGAGUAGGUCUGCAAAAGAAGGAUCCCAUCUGCUGUGGAAUGAAGUCCAUUCUGGUGCCAGUGAACAUUUGCACAACACAUGAUGUGGAAUAGUCUCCGGAGCCAAGAUCGGUUCUGUAUCCACCCCAGGGCAGGUUGGUCAGUCUCCAGUGUAAACCUUGUUGGGAUUAACCACUUAUUCCAGUGUUGUGCACUGUAUAAUUAAUACCAGAUCUGUUCCAGACAGCUUUGUACAUCCUGCAUAUGGGUGAAGACCCAAAAAGGUUUUCUUGGUGAUCCGUGUGGCUGGGAUAGAGAGAGCUGAAGCAGAAAUCAUCCCCACGUACAGG